AUGCGAACAUUGGAAUGGGAUAAUAUGGGAGUAAAAAUCGAUGGUCCGCACUUACAUCAUCUACGCUUUGCUGAUGGCAUCGUCCUUACAACACUAAACAUUAGCCAAGUGGAACGUAUGCUUCGCGACUUUGAUAAAGCCUGUGGAAAGAUUGGUCUUCGACUAAAUCUCACAAAAACGAUGUUCAUGAAGAAUGGAUUGGUUCCGUACGCCCCAUUCACGCCCAGCGAAACGAAUAUCGCCGAGUGCUAUGUCUAUCUAAGGUCGGGAAAUCAAUAUGAUGAACACUUAGCUCCAGAGCUGAGCAGAAGGAAACGAGCAGCUUGUGGAGCUUUCAAAAGCAUCGAGGAAGUAGUGAAGAGGACAAAGAACACCUGA